AUUGGCUCUGCAGACGGGGGGGGGGGGGCUGUGGGCUAGACAGUGCUGAGGAGAACAGUAUAGCGAGGACAGCGCAGCCAUUGUGUAUGUGUGCAAGUCUCUCUCUCUCUCCCUCCCUCUCAUUCUCUCGCUCUCUCUCUCUUUUUGCACUGCCCUCUGUCUUUCUCUCGAUCGCUGUUCUCUGGUGGCUGGUUGAGGAAUGACUGUGGCUGCUGUUUUUUGUUCCUCACAAGAGCUGGGAUCUGCAGAUGAAGGCAGUGUAGCUCAGACCUGCGCUGCCGAGGAGGGGCUCUACCCUAAGACAAGCUAGACGAGAGGAAGAGCUUUUACACUGUAGCAGGGGAUCUUCUGGGUAGCUGAGCUUAAAGGCAGAAGGAUGGAGGCCCCACUGGUGUGCCUGGAUGAGGAGUUUGAGGACCUGCGGCCGUGCCGGCUGGAGGACCAGGAGCCGCGGCGGCCGUACGGGAGCGCCGUUCCCCUGGCGCCGCUCGUCCGCGAGGACUUCUCCGAACUGGAGAACUUCUCCGAGAUGAUGAGCUUCAAGUCCAUGGAGGACCUGGUGAACGAGUUUGACGAGAAGCUCAACGUGUGUUUCCACAACUACAACACAAAGACAGAGGGGUUAGCGCCAGUGCGUAACAAGGCCCAUGCUGAUGAAGACGAGGACAGGCUUCAGGAUGAAGAUGUGUGGGAUGCCCUGACUGAUAACUACAUGUCCUCAUCCGUUUCCAGCUGGGAUCCCAAUGCAGAAGGAAGCAAUGGAAACCUCUCAGAUCAGGAGAUUCAUGAAAAAGAGGAGGAGGAGAUGAAUGAGAAGAAUGAAAAUGCCAACUGCCUGCAGCUGUCUGACGAGCCACUCAUCACUGCUGACCAGGUCAUUGAGGAGAUAGUUGAGAUGAUGGAGAACUCUCCAGAUCCCGGGGAGACAGAGGAGGAAGAGGAUGAGGAGAGUGCCGCCACCACACCCAAGCCCAGCCCCUCCCUUCUGGACGAGAUCCGCAUGCUGUCCAACGCAUCCAAUAACAACUGCGAUUAUGAAGGCCUGCUUCUGAUGCCCAGCUCGGGCCUGCUGGAGCUGCUGUGUCGGGUGGAGACGGCCAUCAGGGAGUACUCGGAGGAGCUGGUGCGACAGCUGGCCCGCCGCGACGAGCUGGAGUUCGAGAAGGAGGUGAAGAACACCUUCAUCACCGCCCUGAUGGAGGUGCAGAACCGGCAGAAGGAGCAGCGCGACGUCAGCAAGCGGAAACGCCGGGACAAGGGCCUCAGCCUGCAGGCCAACACCCGCACUGAAAACACCACUGGCUCCAUGCCUGUCAAGCGUUUUAGUAUGGAGGGUCUCUCCAACAUCCUGCAGACAGGCAUCCGACAGACAUUCGGAAACUCAGGGACAGAGAAACAGUAUCUUAACACAGUCAUUCCCUUUGAGAAGAAAGCUAUCCUUCCAUCUGUGGAAGACCUUCAGAUGCUAACAAAAAUUCUUUAUGCCAUGAAGGAAGACAGUGAAAAGGUCCCUAACCUGCUGACUGACUACAUAUUAAAAGUGUUGUGUCCCACCUAAAGUCGCCUGCGGACCACUCAGCCAGGAUGUCUGUGGAGGGGUGUACCCAGCCUGCCAGUUCACUAACCCCCGUCCCCCCGUCCCCCGUCCCCCGUCCCCCGUCCGCCUCCCCAUGCCCCCACCCCUCCCAGGCGCCACAGAUCACUCAGCCAGGAUGCCUGUGGAGGGGUAUACCUAGCCCACCAGUCCACCCCACCCACUCCCUCUCCUGCCCCCCCAGCAUAGCUGCAUGAGCUCCCAACUCAUUAAUGCCAAACAGCAUCGUUACCAUCUCUUCAUCGUACUUCGCUUCUCAGAAUGAGUCUCGGCCUCUGCUCAUGGAUCCCUUUCCGCUUUCUGCACAUAAAUGUACAUACGCACAAACAGAUACACAUGUACACACACAUGUACACACACACACGCCCACAUACACAC